CGAAAAGAAACGACAAUCAUCCAGUCAGCCAUCAGCAGUAGCCCAAGGGAAAAGCAGAGAUUGUUCAUGACAUGUCAUUUACUUCUGUCUUUCUCAACUCGUUUCUUUUUCUUGUUAGUUAGUUUUUCCCAGGUUGCUUUCAUUCGUUUGUUGACCCUCUGUCUUACCCACUACCUCCAGCCACCUUAUGUCUUUGGUGCUCCUUGCGUCUGGGUUUCUUUGCCCUCAAAUGGGGAAACGGCCUUCAACGACCGGGCAGACGGAUACAUCGAUCGCCAAUUGUCAAUGCUCCUCGGACGGCAGAAAUCCGGGCUCGGUCUGGCAUGGAUCUCUCGGACACUACGGGAUUCGCCGCCCGCACUGGCACUUUGGGGCCGCGGAAGCUGUCCCCUGUCUACCCUGCAAGCCUCAAGUACAUGUUAACUUCUUUCAUAGGGAUACGUGCCGCACUAGGGCGCCUUGGUGUAACCACUCGACCACUCGACCACUAGCAGCCUCGAUUCGCU